AUGGCGGGCUGGUUUUCCUCAGCAUCCCCGCUGGAUGAGCAGGUAGAACGAGCUACUUCAUCCUCUUUAGAGGACAUUGCCCUCAACCUUGAAAUUUCCGAUCUCAUCCGGUCGAAAAGUGUUCAACCAAAAGAAGCGAUGAGGUCCUUGAAACGCCGUUUGGAAAACAAAAACCCCAAUGUACAGCUGGCGACAUUAAAGCUCACGGAUACGUGCGUUAAAAAUGGCGGAACCCAUUUUCUGGCCGAAAUUGCGUCGCGAGAGUUUAUGGAUAACCUUGUCUCCCUCCUUAAAACGGAAGGUCUCCAGCUCAACACGGAGGUCAAGGAGAAGAUGCUAGAGCUGAUCCAGGACUGGGCUAUGGCUGCCCAAGGUCGCAUGGACCUGAGUUAUGUUGGACAGACGUACCAGAGGCUUCAGGAAGAAGGAUUCCGGUUUCCCCCCAAGACACAGAUCAGCGGGAGCAUGUUGGAAAGUAGCGCACCGCCCGAGUGGAUCGACUCCGAUGUGUGUAUGCGAUGCCGCACAGCUUUCAGCUUCAUGAACCGUAAGCACCAUUGUCGAAACUGCGGCAAUGUCUUCGACGCCCAGUGCUCUAGCAAAACUCUACCGCUGCCCCAUCUGGGAAUCUUACAACCUGUCCGGGUCGAUGACGGAUGCUACGCUAAGUUGACGUCCAAGGCCGCCCAAUCGUCUGGGUUAUCCGAUCGGACCUCCUUCAAGAAUAAUUCGAUCACAAAGUCGAGUGCCAUGGAGCCCCGCACAGCCAGGGCCGAAGGCGGUUUCGAUGACGACCUACGGAGAGCACUCCAAAUGAGUCUAGAAGAGGCACAGAAUAAGGGGUCCUCUGGUUACGUACCGCAGCCGAAGGUGGCACAGGAACCGCCAAAACCUUCUGGUCAACCGACCGCCGAAGAGGAGGAAGAUGCAGACCUGAAAGCCGCCAUUGAGGCGUCCCUGCGAGAUAUGGAAGAACAUAAACAAAAGCAUGCCGCGGCUUUAAAGAACACGACUUCGGAGACUCCUUCCCAUCAACCACAGAAUACAACUACUCUGCCCAAGAAUCCAUACGAGCUGAGUCCUGUUGAGGUGGAAAACAUCCAUCUAUUUGCGGCCCUGGUUGAUCGGCUACAACACCAACCUCCGGGCACCAUUCUGCGUGAACCCCAAAUCCAAGAGUUGUAUGAGAGUAUUGGCACACUCCGUCCCAAAUUGGCUCGGAGUUACGGCGAAACUAUGAGCAAACAUGAUACACUUCUUGAUCUCCACUCGAAGUUAUCCACCGUGGUCAGGUAUUACGACCGCAUGUUGGAGGAGCGUCUCUCCAGCGCAUAUUCGCAACACUCGUUAGGCUAUGGUUCAAUUCCAUCUGGCCCUGGAUACCCUAAUGUCUACCCUUCCAUGCCUCCUACGGCCGAAGGGAAAGCUGGCGCAGAGAAUUUCUACUACGGAAAUUCCGUCGUUGAGAACCCGCUUACUGCCAGUAACCCCCAGUACCCACAAGCCGCCCCUGAUAUGAUGUCUCGUGAGAAGGACACCCAUGCCAGGCGCCCCUAUGAGCCCCAGUAUGUAUACACAGCCCUGCACAGCCUAUCCACAACAAUUCUUCAAUGGAACGGUGCCCCCGCAACAGAUCUGCAUUCUCCUCCCCCGUCCGCCAAUGUUCCAUAA